ACCUUGCUCUAUAGUUGACCGUGAGAGGAAGGAAUCUCUGCAUACAUUUAGGUCAUUGCUGGAUAUCCUGUGAGUGUACGACUGCGUGGUUCUUCGGGGCUUCUGAUGAAUUUGAUUCGGAAAUGUAGACGGCAGUCUGAAAACCUGACCAAGAUGGCGAAGCUGUGAAAAGAAGCACCAUAUACCAUGCGAAAUGGCUAAAACACCCGCAAUAGAAGUCCCGCCCCCGGAUGGAGGUUGGGGACUUAUAGUUGCCGUUUCAGCCCACGUCAUGUACGCACUGGCGAUGGGCAUGCUUCGCUGUUCCGGAGUUUUCUACACAAGUUGGCUGCACGAGUUCGAGACUAGCGCCUUACAGACCGCGACAAUCGGAAGUGUCGUCGGAUGUUGCUCGUUUUUUGGAUCACCGCUGGCGGCUGUUGUGUGUGGUCGUUAUGGCUGCCGCUUCACCGGUAUUCUGGGCGGAAUGGUAAUGGUCGUCGGCUUGUUUGGAAGCUACUGGGUGCGCACUAUUUAUCAGAUGUAUGCCGUGUGUGCGAUUGCAGGUUUGGGCAUUGCGUUUGUGAUAAUGGCAGCCAACGUGGUCGUCAUCCAGUACUUCAAGAAGUAUUUCACGAUCGCCAACGGCUUCGUCAUGUCUGGCGUAGGCGUGGGGAUGAUCGUGCAGCCCUUACUGCUGGGGAUGCUCAAGGACCAAUACGGUUGGCGAGGAGCCAUGCUGAUUUUCGCCAGCAUCACCGGCAACAUCUGCGUCGCUGCUGUGGUGUUCCGGCCUCUGCAGCCGGGACGGAAACACGUUGAGUACCCUCAGGUCGGCGAAAGCCGCCAAAGUGAGGAACGUCCUUCCACAUCAGCCCUCCUAGAACUGGAAGGCUGUGAUAACAAGGGGAGGAAUGAUACCUUACCAAGCGAGGAGGAAGCUCUUCGUGCCCAAGACUCCAACGAGAAGGCACCCCUCCGUUGUGUUUCCAAAGUGUUCUCCUCUCUUGGAUUCAGUUUGUUCCGCAGGAAUUUUAGGUUCGCGCUCUUCUGUCUCAUUCAGGUGCAGCUCAACAUUUCCUACGCGGCUUUUCUUGUCUUCAUCGUGCCGCGGGCUGAGAGCAUCGACGUGGGGGUGACCAGCGCGGCCACCCUGCUGAGCAUCAUAGGCUUCGGUAGCCUGAUCGGACGGUUGGCCAGUGGCUGCCUGAUCAACCCUAAACUGACGGCAGAGGUGGUCUUUUCCGGCUCUACACUCACCUGCUUCGUCGGGGUGCUGGCCGCGCAGUUCGGCAGCUACGGGGCGCUUGCUGCUUCGGCAGGCCUUAUGGGGCUGGGAACUGGCGUGAUGAAGUCGGCCCAUAACGUGCUGGUACGGGAUUUGGUCGGAGUGGCGUGUUACGGCCAGGGACUGGGAAUGGCGGAUAUCUUCCGGGGAAUCGGUGACUUGCUGGGACCCGUGAUAGCAGGCCGGCUGUAUGACGACAAGAGAAGUUACGCUGUCAUGUUCUACGUCAUAGCUGCUCUCUUUCUGGCAAUCAUCUUCCAAAUGGCCGUGCUCAUGCCGGUUCUGAAGAAGCUAGACUCGGCCAUCCGCCAAAACUCGAAACGGAAUACGGAGUCUGAACACAGUGUUUAGACCUAUCUGAACACAGAUAUGCUAUUUUUUUUGUUAGAUUUAAAACACUACUGGCGGAAAGAUUGUGCUACCUAACUCUGAUAAGAAGAACACUGUUAAUACAACAGCCUGCUUACAACAAGGAAAAUGUUAGGCCCUAAGUCUUUGUUUUUCUUUUUCCCCCUUUGUUUUCAUUACUGAUAAUACAAGGUACGUGUUGUAACAAGGUAAUUUGUUUAGUCCCAAGGACCUUGUUAUAAAGUAGUUCGACUGUAUACCGAUCCUAGUUAUCCCAGUUUUGUAAUUACACUUUAACAACAUUUGCUUUGGCUGUAAUUUUCAGAAAUGGAUAGAUUGGGGGGUUAGUAUUUUAUAGCACAUAAUUAUUGUAAUACACUGAUCUGUUAAGUCUUGUGUUCAUAGAUGCUGGAAAAAAAACAAGAAAAUACAUGCUGUUUUGUAUAGUCUGGUUGCCUGGCCCUACUUCAGACGAAAUGGAGAAAUUUAUAGACGCCGGGCAAUUGUCAGGUCAGAAAGCGAGACUAGAUGGCUUGUACCCGUUCACGGGAUGUGUAACCGAUUGCAAACAAAAUGUGGACUAACUGAAUUUGAUAAAAUUG